AUGAUCGACAGCUUUCGCUAUCUUUUGUUAUUUGUUCUUAUUUUCUGUUCCUUAACGGCGGUUCGGGCUUAUAUAGUGCAAGUGUAUGAUAACCCUGACAAUCUUUAUUUCAUAUCGUCCAGCUCUGACGUAAAGUAUGGCUUUACGUACCCAAACGGCACAGGAUUGAUGCAACUCCUCAAUCCGAAUAAUGGAAACAAUACCGACAAUAAUUUGUAUAUACGUCUGUUACACCUAGACGGCACGUUGACGAAAUUUACUGUACCAUUGGUCUGCGAUACCUUUUGCAUACAGCGCGCUUACCCGCUUAAUGAUGGGUAUGUGUUCGUAACGCUGACGAGCGCUAACAAAACUGUGAAUGGAACAUUGGUCGAUUGGAGUGGGCGGGCAUUACAAAGUGACGUGCUACUUACCGAUGUUCCUGUCGACGGUAAAUCACCACCACUUGCAAAAACGAAUGCCAACGUGAAUGAGAAUUUUCUUGUGGCAACUAGAGAUGGUAAUACGGUUUUAUGGAAAAUUUUUAGCGCCCCCAAUAACACGGGUCAAAUAACCCAAUUGUAUGGAGGCAGUAUCACGGGAAAUGAUGACAACCAUCUGGUCGAUCACGAAAUCAUUCCUACGACAGAAGGCGGUUAUGGGAUAGCUAUUUUAAAACGUAUCCCAACAUUCACUCCGGAUCCACUCGUCUCUAAAGUGUUCAGCUCUUCUCCGCAAUGGUUUUUGUAUGUCACAUUCUGGCAACCCGGUUCUCCACAAUUCGAUAUGCCCCGUCUGGUUUGGCAGAACCCCAACCCACUCCUUGACAAUCGCCUAGUGAUAAACGGGUGCGGCGUGGCUGUUGACGGAACGGGAUACUUUUGCAUUGUAAAAAUUCCUACCACGGAUGGUUAUGAUAACGUGAAAGUGGCGUUCCUAUCUGGUGGUUCAGUGACUAAUGUCAAUGUGAUUGUGAAUGGUACUGCCGCUGGAUCUGUUGUGAAGGAAGUAUUUGGAAUACGGCAGCUGCCGUAUGGCGGAUUUCUGACGGUCGAAGUGAACACAGGUUUUUUUACCGGGUCACCUUAUGAGCUUGUCGAGCUCGUCCCCAUUGAUCCGUCACGUAUAACCACCAACAAACGCAACCAACCUGAUCCCAAUGCACCAGCUCAUCAGAUAUUGUUUUCAGUCACUCUCAAGUCGUCUGACGAUAUGUCUCAGAGAACGGUGCAGCAGAUUAUUGAUGAUCUCGACGAGCUAAUUAAGAAUAAAGGCUAUACUUCGUUUUCGCAAGAGUAUCCUACUAGCUACCUAGAUGAAACGUUUGGGUUUUUACCUGCUGCCAAUUUGUGGGAUACUUACAGAUUUAAAUUCAUUGGAGUGCUUAUCGGUCUCUUGGUAUUAGCAAUAUUAUACUUUUGCGCGAGACGGAAGUAUUCAGAGGGUCAAAGCUUUGUUGUCAUAAAAUUUGCACUAAUACUCACAGACUUGAGUCUUGAUAUAGCAUUCGUACUGUCAAGUGCAAAGAACGUUCCACAGAUACAUACACCAAGAAUGUAA